GGGAGCAAAAUCCCCUAAUCAGUGAUCAUUACUCAAACUUUGACAUCUUACUUAUCUUCCACUUCUAGUCACUCUACCAUAUUCUAAGAAGUGCAAGUAUUAUUUAGGCUGCAUCAUUUACAUUACUAAGGAGUUGUAUUUAGUGUGGAUUUUUACUGGAGCUUUUCUUCAUUGUGACAUGCUUGGAAAAUCUAAAAGAAAAUAUCCCGGUGCAGAAUUUUUGUAUCUGGUCUGUCCAUAUAGGUUCUUCUAAGAUUUUCUGUCACUCAGUUGGGUUCUAUAUAUAUAUUCACUUAAACAUGAAUUGUGCUGGUAGUUAAGGUAAACACUUUGCUCCUUAAUUUUUUUUUUUUUUUUUUUUUUUUUUUUUUUUUUGUGUUAGCAAUUUAAACAACUUUUUUUUUGUGACAAAUUAGAGCUAUUAUAAUUAGUUUGAAAUAGUAGGAGCCCCUAUUUUGACGAGCUCAGCACCAACUUUUUGUUUGUUGAUCUCUCAAACUUGUGUACGGUUUUGACCAACUUUUGAUGAUUGGUUCAUAUGCAGUUUCACGUGAUGAUGUUUAUAGUUAGGAAUGCAGUAGUCUUGAAUCCUUAGCAUUCUUAUGUAUUUCUCAUCCAGAAAAGUAAAAAGGAAAAGGCUCUUUUCUUUCGUUUCUACAUGCUGCAGAUUUCUGUUUAAAUAUAUAGUGUUGGGAUUCUUGUGAGGGAGUAAGAUGUUUAAGUCAUUUAGUCAUGCUUAUCCUCCUACCUGUGGUGCUGGUUUAAAAGUGUGAAUUGUUUCUUUGGAAGAUUUGUAAUUUAACGUAAUUGUUGAAAGAAAAAUUAGCCGUCUCUCUGACCUUUCAGCAAUGUCAGACUUAUUUGAAAUAUAUGACACAUAUUUAGAAAGUUUCUUAAAGUAUUUCAAUUAGCAUUUUAAGUAUUUUGAGGGAUCAUACCAAUAAAUAUACAAGUAUCUGUUUGAGAUUUUAGAUGCACUGCCAGACAUGGGAGUCGUGGUAGUUGGAGAGUUAAUGUCAGAAAAUAUUCUCAAUAAUCUGGUGUUCUAGUCCCUUAACCUUUUCUAUGCAUGUCAGCAUGUGUGUGUACUUAACUUGCAACUAAUCCUUUCUUCAGAUCUUAAUUACUUCGUACUACCUUAGCGCUAUAUGAAUUUUGUUUACUUGCCCUAUUUUAACUUUGUUCUGGUGGUACUAUAUUUUGUAAUUGUAAUUGGGAAGAAAAACUAAAGACAACUCACUUUCCUGAGAUGAUAUUUAGAAACAGUUCUUUAAUUCUUAAGCAUUUAGCUAGUGGCACUAAAAUUCAUUUCAAUGCAUUUGAUGCUUUAAUCGGCUGGAAGCAAGAAGCCUUACCACCAGUAGAAGUUCCUGCUGCAGCAAAAUGGAAAUUCAGAAGGUUAUGGGGAAAGGCAUGUUGGUUAUCAUUUCCGAUUCUAGAAAGCUCUCUUUUCUAACAUUUUGUAAUGAAAUGCACAGGUUCUUUCCAGUGACUCAUGUUCAACUUUCAAUCCCUGGCAACUCAAGACACCAGAUUGGUAGAAUGCUUGCUGUUGAUGCCUUGCUGGGUGCAGUGCUAGGGCUGUGUUGCUGCGUUUCUGUGCAGCAGGGUGUGCUUGCCUUUGUUUUUAUUGUUUUGCUGGCUGGUUCUGUCUCUGUCAGGGCCUGUAGGGAGUUUCUGUCUCUGUCAGGGCCUGUAGGAAGUUUCUGACCUGAUGCUGUGCUUUCGUUUUUUCUGGGUUGCAUUGCUGUGUGUUGCUGUGUUGUGUCUUGGAGCUGCUGCGUUCUUGUGAUGCUGAGUUCUUGUUUUCUGGGGGCUGCUGUGUUUUUGUUCAUCCUGAUUAUGAAGUGUUGUGUGUUGCUUUGAUGUGGAUUGGAGCUGUUGUGUUCCUGUGUAGCUGAGUUCUUGUGAUGCUGGUUUACUAGGGUGCUGGUGCAGGCUGUGUUCCCAGUCCUGUGCUGACUUUGUUUGCUGAUGCUUUUGAUUAGCUGGCUGUGCAUGGUCCUGCUCAAAUGGCUGCUGCUGUUUUUUGUCAUGUUUUGCUGGGUGUUGGUUUUUAUUUGCUGUGUUUCGUUUGGUGUUUGUUUACAAGCUGUUUUUUUAGGAGGUCGUUGUGUUUUAGUUGAGUUGGUCUUGCUGUUUACCUAUUUUGUUUUAGUUGAGUUGGUCUUGCUGUUUGUGUAUGAAAGUUAACAGAAAAAAUGAAAAAAUGUAACUUUAUAUAUAUGUUAAUGUUUCUAUAUCAAUUUAAGUGAAAAAAAUGCAA